CCUCACGCCACCGAAAUCAUUCGAUACCAUUACCAUCCAUAAUUCGUGUCAUUACGAACGAACGAAAACAUGCAUGUGUUCAAGUAAAGGUCUGUGCAUUGCUUUAUGAUCUGGUAAACAUUCGUCUUAUAGAAAGACAAUUCAGCAAUAGGAAACUUUCUGAACUUCGUGAAUCCAAUGGAAGGGAAUCUGUCCAAUAAUUCCCCGCCAAAAGAGACAAGGAAAAAUAAAAGACAUAGAGGUGGUCGUGAUAAGGUAAAGGAGACAGUAGCUGAAGGAGCCAAGUUGAAGGCAGCAGUGCCUGAAACAACCAAACUCAAGGUAGCAGUGCCUGAGGCAAUCAAACUGAAUGAGCCAGCUACUGAGGUAGCCAGGCCAGCCCAACCAAUGGCUCAAGUCAGCAAUGGUAAAAGUGUUCCAGCCUCUCACGUCAUCUUUGACUUGGAUGAGAGCAGCACCAGCAAUGAGGAGAACACAGAGGCGGAGGAGGAGAUUGGCCCUCUGAGAUCUGUCAGAGCCCCGCUGUCCACUCAGUCUUCCUACGAGGUGUCGGACAUUCUCAUGGAUCCCGCCUUACAUACACCCAACAUGAGGCACACAAUGUCAGGAAUUUCUUUGGACACUACUGCCAAACGCAAAUCAUAUGUUAAAGACUUUUGUGUGGCCACUCCUGAAGAAUUUGUGAAAAGUUUUGGAGGAAAUGUUGUUAUUAAUAAGGUUUUGAUUGCAAACAAUGGAAUAGCUGCUGUGAAAUGCAUGCGGUCUGUAAGACGAUGGGCAUAUGAAAUGUUUAGGAAUGAAAGGGCAAUCAAAUUUGUGGUUAUGGUCACACCAGAAGAUCUUAAAGCCAAUGCAGAAUACAUUCGCAUGGCUGAUCAAUAUGUACCAGUACCUGGAGGUACCAAUAACAACAAUUAUGCUAAUGUUGAGCUUAUAUUGGAUAUUGCUAAAAGAAUUCCAGUGCAGGCUGUCUGGGCAGGUUGGGGCCAUGCUUCAGAAAACCCAAAAUUACCAGAACUUUUGCAUAAGAAUGGAAUUGAAUUUAUAGGUCCACCUGAAAAUGCAAUGUGGUCUCUGGGUGAUAAAAUAGCUUCAUCUAUUGUAGCUCAAACAGCUGGUGUGCCAACUCUCCCUUGGAGUGGUUCAGGAUUGAAACUGAGCCAGCAUGAGCUGAAAAGUAAAACAUUGAUAGUACCAGCUGAACUUUAUCGCAAAGGCUGCACAGCAAAUGCAGAGGAGGGUCUGGAAGCUGCAAAAAAAAUAGGUUUUCCUGUUAUGAUCAAAGCGUCUGAAGGAGGGGGUGGAAAAGGAAUCCGAAAAGCAGAGAAUGCUGAGGAAUUUCCAAAUUUGUUUAGACAGGUUCAACAAGAAGUUCAAGGUUCUCCAAUUUUUGUGAUGAAAUUAGCCUCAGCUGCUCGACAUCUUGAAGUCCAGUUACUAGCAGACAAAUAUGGGAAUGCCAUUUCUUUAUUUGGUCGUGACUGCUCUAUACAAAGAAGGCAUCAAAAGAUUAUUGAAGAAGCACCAGCAGUGAUUGCUAGCCCAGAUGUUUUUGAGAAGAUGGAAAAGGCUGCAGUAACACUGGCCAAGAUGGUUGGAUAUGUCAGUGCUGGUACUGUGGAGUACUUAUACAAUGCUGAAGAAGACAACUUUCACUUUUUGGAGCUGAAUCCUAGAUUGCAAGUGGAACAUCCAUGCACUGAAAUGGUUGCUGACAUCAAUUUACCUGCUGCACAAUUACAGGUUGCUAUGGGCAUACCACUACACAGAAUAAAAAACAUCAGACUUUUAUAUGGUCUUGACCCUUGGGGAGACUCAGAAAUAGAAUUUGAAAAUCCAGUGAUAAAACCUAGCCCAAGAGGUCAUGUUAUUGCAGCAAGGAUAACAAGUGAAAACCCUGAUGAGGGUUUUAAACCUAGCUCUGGUACAGUUCAAGAACUAAACUUUCGCAGCAGCAAGAAUGUUUGGGGCUAUUUUAGUGUGGCUGCCUCUGGAGGUCUCCAUGAGUUUGCUGACUCCCAGUUUGGUCAUUGUUUUUCAUGGGGAGAAGAUAGAGAAGAUGCAAGAGAAAAUCUUGUCGUGGCUUUGAAAGAACUUUCCAUUCGGGGUGAUUUUCGCACAACUGUGGAGUACCUCAUCAAGCUGCUGGAAACAGAAACCUAUCAGCAAAACAGCAUAACCACUGCCUGGCUUGACAGACUCAUUGCAGAAAAGGUGCAAGCUGAAAAACCAGAUAUUAUGCUUGGUGUAGUUUGUGGUGCAUUGCACAUAGCUGACCAAGCAAUCCUUACAGGAUUUCAAGAUUUUCAAACAUCUCUAGAAAAAGGUCAAAUUCAACCUUCAUAUUCUUUAAAGAAUUCAGCUGAUGUGGAGUUUAUAUUAGAGGGUGUCAAGUUCAAAUUGAAAGUUGUGAAAACUGGACCAAAUGGCUAUUUCUUGUUAAUGAACAAAUCCACAUUAGACCUUGAAGCUCAUCGUUUGUCAGAUGGUGGUCUACUGUUGUCUAUAGGUGGCUCUAGUUAUACAACAUACAUGAAAGAACAAGUUAACAGUUAUAGGAUAACUAUUGGAAACCAGACAUGUGUUUUACAAAAAGAUAAUGAUCCAACUAUAAUGAGGUCACCAUCAGCUGGUAAACUGAUCAACUAUCUUGUAGAAGAUGGAGGUCAUGUCUUUGCUGGUGAUGUCUUUGCUGAAAUAGAGGUUAUGAAGAUGGUCAUGGAGCUUCGAGCAUCAGAAAAUGGAUGCUUGCAUUAUUCUAAGAGACCAGGUUCAGUUUUAGAUGCUGGCUGUGUUGUUGCCUAUCUCACCUUGGAUGAUCCUAGUAGAGUACAAAUGGCUAAACUGUUUGAUGGUCCAUUGCCAAGUCAGGAAAAUACAGCCACCCAUGGAGACAAGCGCCAUCAGGUUUUCCAGAAGGCAAAAGCUGAUCUGGAUAACAUUUUGUCUGGUUACAUAUUGCCUGAGCCUUAUUUCAAAGAAAGAUUGGCUUCGACUGUAGAUCAAAUGAUGAAGUGUCUCAAAGACCCCGCAUUGCCUCUUUUAGAGUUGCAAGAUUUAAUUUCAAUGAUACAAGGAAGGGUGCCCCAGCAUGAAGAGCGUGCAAUUCGUAAACUGAUGUCAAACUAUGCCAGCAACAUAACAUCUGUAUUGUGCCAGUUUCCUAGUCAACAGAUAGCAAGUGUGAUAGACAAUUAUGCUGCUACAUUAUCCAAACGGUCAGAUCGUGAUGUGUUCUUCAUGACCUGCCAGGGUAUUGUACAAUUAGUCCAGCGAUAUCGUAAUGGAAUCAGGGGCCAUUUGAAGUCUGUUGUACAGGAGCUACUGCGGCAUUAUUUGAGAGUGGAACUUCAGUUCCAACAAGGAUCAUAUGAUAGAUGUGUGCGCUCCAUCAGAGAAAAAAACAAAGAAGAUAUGCUAGCAGUUGUACAGACAAUAUUCUCUCAUGUUGCUGUUCAACACAAAAAUACUCUAGUCAUAAUGCUGAUUGACCAUCUAUGUGGCAAAGAGCCAGGUCUAACUGACGAGAUGGCAUCUAUUCUUAGUGAACUUACACAGCUAAACAAAACAGAGAACUCAAAAGUAGCCUUGAGGGCGCGCCAGGUUCUAAUAGCAGCACAUCAACCACCAUAUGAGCAUAGACACAACCAGAUUGAAUCUAUCUUCUUGUCAGCGAUUGACAUGUCUGGUCAUAAUUUCUGCCCAGAAAAUUUACAGAAACUAAUCAACUCAGAAACAGCUAUUUAUGAUGUUCUUCCAGAGUUUUUCUACCAUUCUAAUGAGGCUGUGAGGAGGGCAGCAUUGGAGGUGUACAUCAGGCGGGCAUACAUUGCCUAUGAAAUGAACUGCAUGAAACAUAGUCAGCUAGGUGAUGGAAAAUGUGUUGUGGAUUUUAGAUUUUUACUUCCUCGAUCACAUCCAAAUAGGAUGAUGGUCACACGUCUUGACACUGGAAUGAUAAGACUGAGCAGUAUGGACAAAGAUUCUGGGUCUGAUUCUGACCACUGGGAUGAGCCUCCACUUUGUCAACGUAUGGGUGUAAUGGUGGCUUUCCAGAGUAUGCAGGAGCUAGAGCAAUACUUUGCUGCAAUCUUGGAGCAGUUUCAGUCUUUAACACCUCCCUGCAGUCCUUUAAUCUGUGAUUUUGAGGAUGACAACAUAUCCACACAGUCAGGAUCUAAUAUUUCUGACUCAAGCUCUGAUGAUCCUACCCAUAUUAUCAACAUUGCCAUGAAACGCUUAGAUACUGAUGAUGAUGAUGCCCUUGCUGGUCUUUUCCAAGAAUUCUGCAGAGGAAGAACAAAGGAAUUAAAUGCAAGAGGCAUCCGCAGAGUUACUUUUGUUGUUGCUAACAGUGUAAGUUGUUCAACAUUCAUCGAAAGAGCAAUGCCCAAAUAUUUUACCUACAGAGCCAAGUUUGAGUUUUGUGAAGAUCGGAUAUACAGACAUUUGGAACCAGCUUUGGCUUUUCAGCUUGAAAUAAACCGUUUGAGAAAUUUUGAUCUUGAAGCUAUUCCAACUGCCAACUUAAAAAUGCAUUUAUAUCUUGGAAAGGCCAAGGUUGCUAAAGGACAAGAAGUUACAGAUUAUCGUUUCUUUGUGCGCAUCAUUAUCCGCCACUCAGAUCUUGUCACCAAGGAAGCUUCUUUUGAAUAUUUGGAAAAUGAGGGAGAACGCACAUUGCUAGAAGCCAUGGAUUCCCUAGAGGUGGCAUUUUCACAUCAGUCCAUGUCUUCUGAUGCUGCUAAUCAGCAGUCAAAGAAGACUGAUUGCAACCACAUCUUUUUAAAUUUUGUUCCGACCUUGACACUCACUGAACCUGGCAAGUUAGUAGAAACAGUACGAAAUAUGAUAAUGCGAUAUGGAUCCAGACUUUGGAAGCUCAGAGUUUUGAAUGCUGAACUGAAAUUUACUAUAAGAAUAACAGGUGCUGGUGGUGGCACGAGUUUCCCCAUUAGAGUUUUUAUCACUAAUGAAAGUGGGUACUACUUGGAUAUAAGUCUCUACAAGGAAGUUACUGACUCAAGGACAGGACAGAUAAUGUUUGAGGCGUUUGGACCUAAGCAAGGUCCUCUUCAUGGGUUGUUGAUCAGUACCCCUUAUCUUACCAAAGACCACCUGCAGCUCAAGCGGUACCAGGCCCAGUCAUCUGGCACAACCUAUGUGUACGAUUUCCCAGAAAUGUUCCGGCAAGCCCUUCUUAAGGUCUGGGAGUCACAUCUCAAGAGACUGCACAUGGAUGCCAGCCAAAUGCCUGUAGACCUUAUCACUGUAACAGAACUUGUAUUAGACAGCCACAAUCACCUCUGUACCAUGAAUAGAUUACCUGGAGAAAAUGAGAUUGGCAUGGUUGCAUGGAAGUUAACAAUCAAAACUCCAGAGAUCCCAACUGGCAGAGACAUUAUUCUCAUUGCUAAUGAUAUGACUUUCAAAAUUGGUUCAUUUGGGCCACAGGAGGAUUUGUUGUUUAAAAAAGCUUCAGAACUCUCAAGAAAGCUUGGCAUUCCUCGAGUGUAUAUCUCAGCAAACAGUGGUGCCAGAAUAGGAAUGGCUGAAGAGUUGAAGCAUUUGUUUAGAGUUGCUUGGUACGAUGCUGAUGACCCAGAGAGGGGAUUCAAGUAUCUUUAUCUUAGACCUGAUGACUAUAAAAAGGUUAGCACCAUGAACUCUGUUAGGGCUGAAUUGAUUGAAGAUGAGGGAGAAUCUCGCUACAAAAUUACUGAUAUUAUAGGGAAAGAAGAUGGUAUUGGUGUAGAGUCAUUACGUAUGGCUGGAAUGAUUGCAGGAGAAACUUCUCAAGCAUACAAUGAUAUUGUAACUAUAAACUUGGUGUCUUGUAGAGCCAUUGGAAUAGGUGCAUACUUGGUUCGUUUAGGUCAACGUGUUAUUCAAGUAGAAAGUUCUUUUAUUAUCCUCACUGGAGCUGGUGCCCUCAACAAGGUAUUGGGGAGAGAGGUUUAUACCAGCAACAGUCAGUUAGGAGGAAUACAAAUUAUGCACAACAAUGGUGUGUCCCACUCUGUUGUACCUGAUGACUUUGAAGGUGUAUGCAAGAUUUUACAUUGGUUGUCUUACAUGAGGCUGAAAAAAGGAGGACCUUUACCUAUACUACAGCCUUUAGAUCCAGUGGACAGGUUAAUUGAGUUUCACCCUACAAGAACUGCAUAUGAUCCACGUUGGAUGUUGGCUGGUCGAAGAGAGAACGGCAAGUUUAUGUCAGGUUUCUUUGAUCACGGAUCUUUUGAUGAAAUUAUGCAGCCAUGGGCACAGACAGUUGUUGCUGGAAGAGCCAGACUAGGGGGUAUUCCUGUUGGAGUUAUUGCAGUAGAGACCCGUUCAGUGGAGCUACACAUACCUGCUGACCCUGCCAAUGCUGACUCUGAAUCAAAGUUGAUUCAACAAGCAGGUCAAGUUUGGUUCCCAGAUUCUGCUUACAAAACUGCCCAAGCCAUUAAAGAUUUCUCCAGAGAAGAACUUCCAUUAUUUAUGUUUGCUAAUUGGAGGGGAUUUUCUGGUGGGAUGAAAGAUAUGUAUGACCAGGUCCUCAAAUUUGGCUCUUACAUUGUGGAUGCUAUAAGAGAGUACACACAGCCCAUCUUUGUUUACAUUCCUCCUUAUGGUGAACUGCGAGGUGGCUCUUGGGUUGUUGUAGACCCACUCAUCAACCCAGACUACAUGGAAAUGUAUGCUGACAGCUUGAGCAGAGGUGGAGUCUUAGAACCAGAGGGCACUGUUGAAAUCAAAUUCCGCAGAAAAGAUAUUGAGAAGUGUAUUAAACGCCUGGAUGUAGAAACCAAGAAAUUAGUGGAGAAAAUAUCUAGUCCUGGCCUGAAUGCAGAUGUGAAAGCUAGACUUGAAGCUGAGCUGAAAGAAAGAGAAGACCACCUUGUACCACUGUAUCACUCUGUGGCUGUUAUGUUUGCUGACCUGCAUGACACCCCUGGUAGAAUGGAGGAGAAAGGUUGUGUAACGAAAGUACUAGAAUGGGCAAAGUCCAGAGAAUUCUUCUACUGGCGUUUGCGCCGUCGACUGCUGGAAAAUCAUUUUAAAAAACUAAUGAAACAACACAUACCCGACUCUACACAAGCACAGUUAGAUUCUAUGUUAAGUCGAUGGUUUGUGGAGGAUAAAGGAACAAUAAAUACUUACCAGUAUGAAGAUGACAAGCUGACUGUAGAAUGGCUUGAAGAACAGAUGAAAGAUAGCAGUGAUAAAAAUGCAGUGAUGGAGAACAUUCGUUGUUUACAACGAGACUUUGUUCUGAGCCAGAUUAGGAAUCUGAUGGGCUCCAACCCAGAUAUUGUAAUGGACUCUAUUGUAUCCAUGACCCAGCAUUUGACCAGUACACAGAGAAAUGAAGUUGCUCGCAUCUUAGCUAACUUAAGUUCACAAGAAGAGACCACACAAGAAUCAUAACAAUUGCUUUGAGUUUUACAGUAGUGUAAAACUAAUUUUUUAAAUUUACUUAAAAUGGCAGUCCUGAUUGUAAAAAAAACAUACUAGAUCUACAUAUUUAUGUAGUACAAGAGCAUUGAAAAAAUAUGGACAUAGUUAAAGUGAACAAUUUUUAUGGUAUGACAUGAAGCUCCAAAGAUGACACAUUUUUAGGAAAACAAUAAAUGUAUAAUUUAUAAAAGGUGUCAACACUUAUUCUGUUAUGAUGUUGGUUUUGACUAUAUCAUUGUUACCACAAAUGUUUAAAACUAUUCCCAGAUUUCACUGUUAUAUUGUCAUAAUUAGUCAUGUAUUUAAAAAUUAAAUCUCACAAAAUAUUUAACAUAGUAGGUUGUGAUGGAUUUGUUAAAAAUAAUUUUGUAUUAGGCUUGUAAUGAUUUAAACCUGUUAAACCUUGGAGAUUAUUUAAAAUGUUUUUGUAAUUAAAAAGUCCUGUAUGUGUUUAAUAACGGCAAUAAACUAUUUAACAAACAUUUCAGCAUGCUUAGAAUAGAAUUGAAGUCUACUUAUCUCUGACAAUUAAUUUGCAUUAUUUUAGUUAUUUUUAUAAAUUUUCUUUAUUUGUUGAGUAUUUUAAGAAAUAUUGAAAUACUGUCCUAGAACUAGAAGCAUAAUAUAUAAUAAAUUGAAUCACCUUCAACAAACUAUUUUCACCAUGUACGUGAAAUUGUAGAAGACAAAGUUUUCAGCUUAUACUACAAUGUUUUCUCAGGUGUCAGUUAAGAUAGUAAAUUAUUUUGUUGAUUUAAUCUAAGUAUGUGCAUUGUGUUAGGAUACUACCUGACAGUUCACAUUGAGACUUGAAUUGUUCUGUUUUUGUUGAAGUGUUUCAAUGCUUAGAUUGUUUGUUGAUAACAGCUAUAGUCAUCUACAUUUUUUAAACUUAGAAACAGAUAUUUUUAUGAGGCAUUUCAGUUUUUGUUAACCAACUACUGUACUUUGUUUAUGAAUUUUAUAAUUGUUUUAAAAGUUUGCUGCUAAUUGUAAAAUUUAUAUUCAACUUCUUAAUAAAAGUUAAAUAUUUUUCAAAUAUUUGUCUUAAAAAUACUCAAUCCUCCAUAUAUAUUUUUUUUCUACGGUUUUGAAAUUAUUUUAGCUGUGUAGGUUAUUGAUACUGAUAUUACUUCCUGCAUUAGUUAAAUAUGCUUUGAAUUUUUUUUUAUAUUUAUUUUCUUGAUACAGAAAAAUGGAAAACUAUAGAAAUACUUUAUGAAAACUUAUCACAUCAUUUUCUGUUGUUCCACAUCACAAACAGCAAAUUAGAAAUGUUAUGAGCAUCUCUCGUGUAUAUUUUAAUAUUUUUCUCUAUCAUUUAACAUUGUUUAACCUAACUUGUUUUAUUGUUUAAGGAAAAACAAGUUGAAUGAAAGAUUAAUUAAAACAAUACACUGUUAGUACAUAUUACAAGUGCUUUUUGUAUGAUUUAAGUUCAUAAUGUGUGCAUUGAAAUUCUUAAAAAUCAUUCCAUAGUCUCUGUUUGAGCAUUCUGUGGCUUGAUGGUGAUGUCACAAUGUUGAUUAAUGCUAGUAUGUCAAGGUUUGUGUCAAAUGAUUUUGUCUUUCUCAUCUUUUGAAAACUAGAUUUUUAAAUAUUUUUUUUUGCAGAAUUUGUUGUUUUAGCUACUAAGAAAAUAAAUUUCAAUAAUUACAAGCUUUGAUUGUCAAUUCAAUGAAAUAACUAUAGUGUUUUAAUAACUCAAGGCUGGUUGAUUUUUCUCAGACACAAGUCAACAUGAAUUAAUAGAAAGCUCCAA